UGAUCUCCCAGGAUCCUGGAAAGUUGGAUGUAUGUAGCUAGGAGGUGUGGGGGCCUCGAUGGGCUUUAUCCUCUGAGAGAGGCACCUAGAGGCUCUCUUGUGGAAAAGCUGAUCUCCUUGCUUGCUGGAAUGAGGGAUGCCCUGCUGCUGCCUUCAUAUGUCAGGUCACCAAGAGCAUCAAGCCAGUCAUUAAACUUCCCUAGGACUGCAGAUUUCCAUGCUCCUCUCCACUUCCAUCCAGCACUGCCAUGGAGUUGUUCCAGUGGAUCCUGAUGUUCCUCAUCAUCUUGCUAACUGGUGCCUCUCUCCUUUACCAGCAUAGCACCACCUUCAACUUCUUCUGCAAGAUGGCCCUUUUCUAUGUCUGGAUUACACUCGUAACAGCCAUACUGAGCCCUAUUGUAGCUGCUUUUUAUGGGCAACGAGUGGAAAACAUGAAGAUUCUGCGCUUCACCAUUCAGCCACUCAAACAUUUCUUCGGCAUCAAGAUUGUGGUGCAGGGCUCCAAGAACCUGAAUAUCAAGGAGCCGUAUGUGAUGGUUGCCAACCAUCAGUCCCAUAUUGACCUCCUUGGAAUGGCGGAGAUCAUACCAGAUUGUUGUGUGCCAGUUGUCAAAAAGGAAAUACUGUACCUGGGCUCAGUUGGCUGGGCCUGCUGGUUAUGCAAAAUGAUUUUCAUUGACCGCGGAAAACCAUGUGAGGCCAUGGAUACCUUAAUGCAGGUGGCACAAACUAUACGGCAUCAGAAUAUGAGGGUCUGGGUUUUCCCAGAAGGCACAAGAAACCAGAACAAAACCAUGCUGCCUUUCAAGCAGGGGUCCUUUCGCUUGGCUGUGGAGGCCCAGAUACCAAAUUAUGAAUGGACACUCCAGCCAUUCUUCCCUCUGUCUGAAGUCUGGCAGCAGGAGUGGGAAGGAACCCGCCCCAGCAAAGAUGGCAGGGGAGGGGGAGAAGAAACAGAGCACAGGACAGAAGAAAUACUUCAGCAGGUGCAGGGGAAGGGGAGAAAUAUGGCAACGGUCCCUAUCAUCCCUGUUGUGAUCAGCUCUUAUCAGGACACUUACGACUUCAAGGGCAAAAGGUUCACCCCAGGAAUUUGGACCAUUAGGAUUUUGCCUAAGAUAGAAACGCAAGGUCUGGGGCCAGAAAACAUCCCUGCACUUAUUGACAGCACCCAGCAAAUGAUGCAGGAAACAUUCUGGGAAAUCUCUGGAGAAGCGUAAAGCGAGAAGGAUGCCUGACUAGGAGAGCUACUCCCUUCCAAAGAGGAUGACUGAAGUGGCACAUGGACAACACAGCAGAAACUUUGGGGAGGUGGGGGCAGAGCUUUGGACCAGGGGGUUGAGUCCAGUUUAACCCCUUUCCCUUGCCAAGAUACCAAUUCUCCAUUGUAUACCUACAACGCAAGUCUUCUGCGACAGCUCAUUUAACUUAUGCCAUAGAAAAUAAUUUGAUCCAAAAGAAGGAUGAGGAUCAGAGAUAGAACUGCCAUAGGGUCCCAGGGGCUAAACAACCUUAGAAUCUGCUUUGAGUGCCAGACAACUCAACUAACUAACAAGAGGCAAAAAGUUAUCUUGUCCCUGCUGGAUCAGAUCCAAGGCCCAUCAAGUCCAGCACUCUGUUUCACACAGUGGCCCACCAGAUGCCCCUGGGCAUCUUGGUUAGACUCCCAAAAUCCACAGCCCCUUCUGUUCUGCAUUAUCAAUAUUAGUUUGUGCUGCUGCCCUUGUAUAACUCAAAAGCCUGCAAUCAUGCAGCAACAGACAUGGGCCUGAUAAAACAUUUAACCUGGGAGCUGCCUGGCUUUCCCCCAGCUACAAUGGCAAGAUCAGGUUUUCCUCAAAGCCAAGAUUCAGCUCUGUAACUAGAGGGAUAGUAAGCGCAGCUGAGCAAAGUCAUUGCUUUAAUGGGUUAUUGAUGUAUUGACAUUGAGUGUUGUCUUAGUAAUGUUAUUUAUUUGGAAUUUUCUUAAUUUUAUUGUCAGCUGCUUUAGGGAUCUUUUGUAGACCAAACAGCAGCAGAAACUAAGUGCUUUUGAGCAUGUUCUGAAUGCCUUUCCCAAAUACUGCAAAGCAAGUACCAUCUAGGACUGGGGAAAGGGGUCCUGGUCAAAGGGUAUCGCUUCUAGGCAGACUUCAACCUUGGCACUGCUCUUCGAAAGGAAGGAAGGAAAACUGAGCAAACAAAAUCUAGGAAGAGUUACAAGUGCAUGGCUAGAAUCAGCCCCAUUUUUAAUUCAGGGUCCCAGUGUCAUAUGAGAACAUAUGACAACUAUGCAGUCCAGUUAUGCUAUCAGUGAGCUUGUCCCUGUACCUGAAGGAAAUACAGAGUGAGUCCUAGCUCAGGAAUCUGUCUGUCUACAGCGAAUACAAUUAAAAUAAAGGCAUUAUAAAGCA